CCGAGAGAGACACACUGGCCCAGAGUAAGAGACGGUCGAGCGAGUGUGUGCUUUCACGCCGCAGCUGCUCAGUCAUUCACUGUCUGGCAAAUGGUCUCGGAUUCCUCCUACCAACCGCGCGAACGCGACCGCUCGCCCCGUCGUCGGUCACGCUCGCCGCGCCGCUCUAGACGCUCGUACUCUCCUCGCAGCCGAUCACGCAGCAGAGAGGACUAUCGCCGUAGUGACCGUCGGUCACGUUCGCCGGGUGGUGCGCAGGGCACGGGAGGUUAUCAAUCAUACGGAUCAGCUCGUGGAGGCGCGCGCCCCGACUCUGCCAACAAGGAAACCAUGAUGCAAAGCAUUCGCGACUCGUCCCAACAGGACCGCCGUGUCUAUGUGGGCAACCUCUCCUACGACGUCAAGUGGCAUCACUUGAAAGACUUUAUGAGACAAGCCGGCGAAGUCUUAUUCGCAGACGUACUGCUGCUCCCGAACGGAAUGUCAAAGGGAUGUGGCAUCGUGGAAUAUGCGACGCGGGACCAGGCUCAGAACGCCGUUACAAGUCUCAGCAACCAGAACCUCAUGGGACGCCUUGUCUAUGUGCGCGAAGACCGAGAGGCCGAGCCUCGUUUCAGCAACCCUAGCUCCUCUCGUGGAGGCCAUGGCGGAGGCCCGUACGGUGGUGGUCAGCACUUUGGUGGCCCAGGCGGAGGCAAUUUCGGCGGUCCCCCUCCAGGUGGUUCUCGACAGGUUUACGUCGCCAACCUUCCAUACAAUGUCGGUUGGCAGGAUUUGAAGGACCUUUUCCGCCAAGCUGCUGUGACUGGCAGCGUAAUCCGCGCCGACGUUCACAUUGCUCCAGACGGUCGCCCCAAGGGCUCCGGUAUCGUCGCUUUCGACACCCCAGAAGACGCCCGCAAUGCCAUCACUCAAUUCAACGGAUAUGAGUGGCAGGGACGCAACCUCGAGGUUCGCGAAGACCGUUUCGCCGGAGGCGGCCCCGGAGGUUUCCGUGGAGGUUUCGGCGGCGGUCGCGGUGGCUUUGGUGGUUUCGGAGGUCGUGGCGGCGGCUUCGGUGGCCGCGGAGGCUACGGUGGAGGCGGAUUCGGGGGUCGUGGAGGCUACGGCGGAGGCGGUGGCUAUGGCGGCGGCCCUGGUGGAGGUGCUGGUGGUGGUGCCGGAUUCGAUCCCAACGCUGCGCCUGCUGCACCUAACCCGUUUACUGACUUCGCAACGUCCGGUGGUGAUCCUAGUAACCUGAUCUACGUCCGUAACUUGCCCUGGUCGACCAGCAACGAGGACCUCGUCGAGCUCUUUACCACAAUUGGCUCCGUAAAACGUGCCGAAAUCCAGUACGAGCCCAACGGCCGCUCCCGCGGCACUGGAGUCGUUGAAUUCGAAUCCCAGCCCGAUGCUGAGACUGCUAUCCAAAAAUUCACCGGCUAUCAAUAUGGCGGUCGACCGCUUGGUCUGGCGUAUGCCAAAUACUCGAACCAAAACAGCAUGGAUGCUAUGGAAGGUACCGAAGCUACUGGCGGUCUUACCCAAGAUCAGAUCAUGUAGACGACAUUCCGUUUGUUC